ACAAUGGUUGAUCUGGCCCCAAAAUCUGGCGAUUUUUUCAGUUUGUUUCCCGGUAUUUGAAAAUAGACGGAAUAUAGCGCCAUGUUUUUUGUUUUGUUUCUCGGGACAGUCAUUCUUGGUCAGGUAGUGCCCCAGAAUUUUGAGGUCAUGGAGGGGCUACUCACUGAGAUCAACCAGUGUAAACAGAUCCGGGAGAAAUUCUCGGAGCUGAAGACGGAGUUUUCCGAUAUUGAGAUCCGGGGUAUCCACAAGGACAUGCGCCUGAAGAUUUUGACCUCUGUGAACUCGAGGCUGCGCGCGGAGCUACGACGGGUCAUCCAGACAAAUGACCUUCUGAAGGACAAACUCAGGGAGAUGUCUCUCAAACUCGGAGAGACCAGACAGCCGACUUCCGAGAUUCGGGUACAGAACACGACGGGAGAAGUCGGGGAGGGAGGUAAAGAGAUCAGCUGCACAGUGACCAAUCACAACAACUGGACCUACUUCAACAUCGAGCGGAAUGGCCAGACCGUUGUCCACGUGGCCCCCGAUGGGCGUGCCCAGACGCGGUUCAACCCUAAAUACCUCACCAUCACGCCUACCAUACGCGAGAAUCUGGCCGAGAUCGCCAUUAGUUUUGCCUCCCUCCGAUGUACAGAUGAAGGGUUGUACUCAUGCGUAAUUGAGGGAAACGUCCAAUCACAAAGCAUCGCCGUGGUCAUCAAGACGCCGUCAACCGGAAAACCAUCUAUGUCAAAAAUAGGUGACGUCAUCGGAUAUAAACCUACAGACUUCAAAUGUGAAGGACAACCGAGUUAUCCUGACGGGAAGCUGGUAUUUCAAGUUAAAUUACAAAACGAGACUGUGUUUCGGAACUUCGAGUUUCCGGACCCAACUGUAGUUGACAAGGACCGUAACUGUGUUCGAAAACAAACGAUCAGUGUCACGUAUGUGUUUACUGAAGUCUGGGAUGAGGCCAAGAUUCGCUGUAAAUACAAGCAUUCUGAAGACUAUGACGAGACGGAUGUGUUCGUUUUAUCACCUACACUCUGCGGACAGAACACAGUCGACAAUAGGGGCAUACGCCAUCCACAAAAAUCCACGCAUUACGUCACGUGCAACGAAGCCACGCCAACUGUCCAUCAAUGUCCGGACAACACGUGUUUUGACGAAAUCUUCCAGACAUGUGCAGAUAUAUGUCUUGUCUGACUGAGAUUAACCAGUAUAUUUACUGUUUGAAAAUAAUAAGACGAAUGGGACA